AUGGCGUCGGGCUCAGCUCCUAAUACUUCGACGAACAACAAUCCAGCCUCUGUCCAUGGCUCUACUACCGUCAACACGGAUCCUGUUGAGGCUGGACUAUCUCACCCCAUUCUGAAACAUUUCCUCAUUCCGUUUCACACCAAAGGCAACCCCAAGCUGUGCAAGUUCUGUGGCAAGAAGUUCGAGGGCGGAACAAACCGCUGUGCAAUCCAUCUCGCGACAUGGAAAGGGCAGGAGAAGCGCGCUGUGGCGUUAUGCAAGGACGCGCCCACGGCAGUCCGCGAUGAAGUCCGUGGCAUGUACGAGACCAAGGCGGAACAGCAGGACUUGAAGCGAGGGGCGGCCACUGCUGCAAUCCACUCCGCGCUUGACGCUGUCAGUGGAAACCCGGAGAAAAAGAGCAAAAUUACGGAUUUCUUUGGCAAUGAGGCGACGUGCGCCAAGGAGGACGCGGAUAACGCGCUUUGCCUUCUGUUCGCGGCGCUGAAACUUCCGGAGCGCAUUGCGGACAAUCCGGUCUUCCGCUACGCGGUCCAGUGCAUUGCGCGCGCUGGACCUGGGUACGUCCCUCCUAAGAGGCGCUACAUUGGAGGGGCAGGCUUGAAGAAGGUGCGGCAGAAAAUGGAGGUCGCGUUCGCCCCCGUUGCCGCGAGCUGGAAGCGGGACGGGGUAACGGUGUCGUCGGACAUGAUGACCGACCGUUGUGGCCGCCCGCAGGCCAACGUGCUCCUUGUCAACGACUCCGGCGCAGUUUUCGAGCAGGCGGUGGACUGCAACAUGGAGUCGAAGACCGGGGGGUACAUCGCCAGCCUUCUCCGCCCCGUCAUUGAUAAGGUGGGGCCGGAGAAUGUGGUGGCGGUCUGCACCGAUGGCGGCAGCAACUAUGCAUCGACCGCCAAGAAGAUUGCGAGCACAUGGCCGCACAUUGAGCAUGUGCCAUGUGCCAUGCAUGUCCUGGACCUGAUGAUGGAAGAUAUGGGCAAAAUGGGAUGGGCGAAGGGGCUUGUGGAGAAAGGAGGGGAGAUGAUUACCUUCGUGCGCAACCACCACUUUACCCGUGCCUAUAUGAAGAAAGUGGGGGGGAAGCAGGUGCUCAAGCCUGCGGGAACCAGGUUCGGGACACAAUACAUAGCCAUGGCCCGGCUAUGUGAGGUGAGGAGUGGGCUGGCGGCGAUGGUGCUCAGCGACGAGUGGAAGGUGUGGGCAGCGGCGGACAAGGAUAGGAAGACAGCAGCUGAGAAAUUCAGGGCUGCUGUGAUGGAUGAGGAGUGGUGGGGGGUGGCGGAGUUCUUUACCUCUCUCAUGGCGGUGCCAUUCAAGGCCAUGCGGGCCGCGGACUCUUCCGCGAAAGGCAUGAUGGGUAAGCUGUAUGACAUCAUGCUACAGCUUACCGAGGACAUCAAUGACAAGCUCAACGCUUCAAGUGACUUCUUGACUCGGACAGAGAGGGCAGACAUCACCAAGAUUGUGAAGGACAGGUGGGACAACUCCCUUGCCUGCCCCAUGCAUGUGGUUGGCCGGAUCCUGAAUCCGGCCAACCAGGAGGAGGGAAUUUUCAGGAACGAUGUGGAGUGCACGCGGGUGUUCAAGGACUACAUCGAGCGCCACUAUGACAACAAGACCUUCAAGCGUGGCAAGGAUGGCGCCCCUCGCCGCGCCUCCCUUGUGCUGCAGGAGGCAUUGCUGGCCUACAUCAACAUGGAGGGCAGCUUUGGCAAGCCGGGCGCCAUUUCUGCAAGGGAGGCAGUGAAGAAGGGGGAGAUGAGCAUGGUGCAGUGGUGGUCGUGGCACAGCACCGAGUAUCCUGAGCUUGCCGCCCUCGCAUGCCGGGUGCUCACUCAGCCCGUCUCGGCUUCCCCAUGCGAGCGUGGCUGGGCGCAGUGGGAAGGCGUCCACACCGCCCGCCGCAACCGGCUCGGGUCCGCCAAGUGUGCGGACCUCGUCUACAUUGCGCACAACUGGAACGUUGUGCGCAAUUGGUACAAGAAGGAUGGGGGCAGCACGGUUGUGCCCGGUAACAUCCCGGAUGCCCCUAUCCCUCCCGGCUAUAACAUGGAUGAGGAGGAGGAUGACAUGCUGGGGGAGGAAGGAGAGGAUGCAGUGCUGGCGGAUGAGUAUGGGGAAGGUGUGGUGGUGGAAAAGCCUCGCAAGGAAAUCGAUGCCUCGAUCAUUGAGGCGUUGCGCAGUAUCCGUGAGACGCCGAGCGAAAGAGGCGGCAUUGAGGGAGGAGUCAAGGGUGAUGUCUUGGAAGGUGCGAAAGAGGGAGAGAAGGGAACGGACGGCGCGGUCAGUGGUGGAGAUGAGCUGCGUGCUGUCCGCAGCUGGUUACUCCCCCGUCUGGUCGCGUUCGCGGCUGCUGCCUGCGUCCACGGCGGCUGCCCGCGUUCGUCCCGUCCGCGGCGGCUGUCCGCGGAUGUCGCGUCCGCGGCGGCUGCCCGCGUUCGUCCCGUCCGCGGCGGCUGUCCGCGGAUGUCGCGUCCGCGGCGGCUGCCCGCGUUCGCCCCGUCCGCGGUGGCUGUCCUCGGAUGUCGCGUCCGCGGCGGCUGCCCGCGUUCGUCCCGUCCGCGGCGGCUGUCCGCGGAUGUCGCGUCCGCGGCGGCUGCCCGCGUUCGUCCCGUCCGCGGCGGCUGUCCGCGGAUGUCGCGUCCGCGGCGGCUGCCCGCGUUCGCCCCGUCCGCGGCGGCUAUCCGCGGAUGUCGCGUCCGCGGCGGCUGCCCGCGCUCGCCCCGUUCGCGGCGGCUGCCCGCGUUCGUCGCGUCCGCGGCGGCUGUCCGCGUUCGUCGCGUCCGCGGCUGA